UCUGCCGAAGUUUCUCUGCAGAUAAAAUCGUCACUUGUGUUGUUGCUGUGUGAGUUUGCAAAAAACAAAAUUUUCCGUGAAAAAUGGCAAAAUUCCCAAUUAAUUUGCAUUGCUAGUGGUGCUAAUGGUGCUAUAGUGCUGUGGAUUUGUUAGAAUCAUUGCGGUGGAGCUGCAAUUAUGGAGGAAAAUCCCUUUUCUGGCCUCCUAACCUCACAAACAUCCAAAGAAGACUUCCGGAAGGAGCCCAGCGGGAAUCCCGGCAAUAUGUUGGACAAGAAGGUCAAUGCAAUCAUCGAGAAGGUCCUCCUGGUGACACUGAACAAGACCCCACAGCGUGGGAGGCAGCUUGUGUUCCUGGAAGAGGUGGGUGAGAGGGAAUCCCUUCUCAGUGUUGACCUCCUGUCACAGGCCCUCUUUGAGCGGCUUCUCCUGCCAAAUCCAUGGGAUUUCCUCGUACCCACGGAUGUACAGGAUGGAGAGGGGGGCUCAGUGGCUGAGCACAGGGUGUUUGUGUACCUCUGUGAAUGCCUGCGACGCAUUGAGGCUGCCCGGAAUGAGAAUGACAGCGUGACAAAGGAGAUUUGUGAAAAGAUCUCCGAAGCAAUCAUUCAGAAUGCCAGCACGGCAAUCAAGCAACCCGAUUUGUAUGCUGGGCAGUCCCUGUGGGAGCAACUUCUCUACAUUUUCUCCACAUCUUCCGGAGAUUUGCAGAUUGAAGGAAAAUUCCUUAAUCUCGUGGUGAAGGAAGUUGUGGCGUCUGAGGGAGAGGAGUCUGGAAUGUUACUUCUGCAGAAGAUCAUUCAACCUUUCCUUCAGGAUGUGACACAGAAGGUUACCAGGGCGUCUCUUGUGACGCUGGAUGUUUGGAUUUUGCCCACAUUGAGAUGCUUCGUGGCAGACAAGACGAAUACAGCGCUUGGACGUCUUUUGCUGGAUUUCUCCACGCCGAAGAAGACAGUUGAAGAGGGUGUGGGUGGAAUAGCCUUUGCAGAGACACUCCUGGGUCAGCUGCUCUCCCUCUCGAUCACCCCGAAGCGCGAUGAGGGGACUUUUGAGUACUACGAGCGCCCCACGGAGGCCAUGUCAUCCAACCUAACCUCAUCCCUGUGGAGUUGCCUGAAAUCCCUGCAAAAUGAACUUCAUGCCAUCUUCAAGGGCUUCCUCCUUAUGGGUGGAAGUCUCCGCGGGAGAGCCCUGGCGUGGAUUGGUGAUUGUCUCCAUGUAAACUUCCGCCGGGGGCAGAUUUGGAAUGUUCACGCCAUGUCUCUGGUCACGGGAGAACGUACAGCCAGUGAUGCCUUCACAAUUGGCCUUGCAGCUGUCCUCCUGCGUCUGUGUCAGCCUCUCCUGAAGCCCCAGCUGAAGGUUCUUCUCGUUGAUCCCACAUACUCAGGCGUUCCGGAGGAUCAGCGUGCCUCCCGUGAUGUCCACAUGCGUGCUGUGGAUAAGGAAACCUGCCUCCUGCCCACGGAUGAGGGGGAAUCCCGCCCAAUGGCGGAAAAGUACAAUUUCAUCACUGAAUGCUUCUUCAUGGCACACAAAGCCAUCGAUUUGAGCUACCGGGUGUGCACGGAGAAGAUUAUGCGCCUCAAUAGGGACAUCCAUCGUAUUCAGGCGGCGUAUCAGGAUCAAGCAGCCGGUGGGAAUGUCGAUGCGGCUGCCACAAUUCUCCAGACACUGAGUGUGCAGAGUCAAAAGUUCCUCAGCUUGCAAAAUCUCAUCCUGGAGCCGACAAAUGAUGCCCUCCUGCAGCAAUUCUACGAAGCUACGGCUAUUUGGUUGGCACAGGUGGCUGCCACGACGGAAGUUCCCACCGGAGGUGCUUCCUUCGCCCCACAGACGAUGCAGGAAGUGAAGUUGCCCCUCGUGGGGCCUCCAUCACCUCUCCUCAAGUGCAUUCCAGAGUUUAUCAUUGAGAACGUCGUUGAGCAUCUCACCUUCACGCGGAAUUUCAAUUCUCAGGGUGCUGAGAGUUAUCCGGAAGCCCGAGCGGAGAUCUUCACGAUGAUCCUGCUCUUUAUGGGCAGUGCUGAGCGUGUGAAGAAUCCCCAUCUGCGUGCGAGGUUAGCCGAAGGGUUGGAAUGUUUGCUGCCAAAGCAGAAUCAAUCCCUCUUCCAGGGAUCCUUCCACACGAACUUAUUCAAUACACAUCCCCACCGGCUGGAGCUGAUCCCAAAUCUCCUGCGGGUAUUUGUCGGUAUUGAGAUGACAGGGCAGAAUGUUCAGUUUGAGCAGAAAUUCAACUAUCGCCGGCCCAUGUACAUCAUCAUGGAGUACGCCUGGGGUGUAGCAGAUCACAAGGAGUGCUUCAAGGAGCUGGCCAUUGAGGCUGAGAGGAAUAUGGAAGCACUUGAUCCGCCACUGUUUCUGCGUUUCAUCAAUCUCCUGAUAAAUGAUGCCAUCUUCCUCCUGGAUGAGUCUCUGAAUAAUCUCCAGCAGAUCCGGACACUUCAGGCAGCUCAGGAUGCAGGACAGUGGAAUGAUCUGCCGGGCAAUGAGAGGCAGCAGAAUAUGGCGAAUCUGCAGCAUUUGGGAAUGAUGGCGAGAUUCGAUAACAUCCUCGGCAGGGACACGAUUAAUAUGCUGAAGCUCCUCACGACGGAGAUUAAGGGUAUCUUCUGCCACAACUCCAUGGUGGAUCGUGUAGCUGCCAUGCUCAAUUACUUCCUCCUCAAUCUCGUGGGGCCCAAGAAGGGGAAUUUCAAGGUUAAGGAUAAGAAGGAAUUUGAGUUUGAUCCCGCCAGCACGGUUCUUCAGAUUUGUCAGAUUUACGUAAAUCUCCAGGAAUGCGAGGAAUUCUGCUUGGCUGUCUCGCAGGAUGGACGAUCGUACAGCCACAAACUCUUUGAGUACGCUGAACAAGUUCUCAUUCGCAUUGGUGGCGGUCAGAUGAUUGGGGAGAUUCAGGAGUUUGCCGCAAAGGUCCAGAGGCUCGAUCAGCAGCAAAAGGAGGAUCAGGAAGCCCUCGCUGAUGCCCCGGAUGAAUUCCUUGAUCCAAUUAUGUCCACCCUAAUGACGGAUCCGGUAAUCCUACCAAGUUCCCGCGUCUCUGUUGAUCGUUCCACCAUUGCCAGGCAUCUACUUAGCGACCAAUCGGAUCCCUUCAAUCGUUCCCCACUCACCAUGGACCAAGUGAUCCCCGACGAUGAGCUAAAGCGGAAAGUUCAUGAAUGGAUCCGGGAGCGACGGGAGGCUUAUAGGGCUGAACCAAAAGACGCUCAGAGCGAUUCCUAAAAUGUAUUUUUAUCUUUUCUUUAGAUCCAUAAAUGACACAUCAUACAUGCAAAUGAUUCCAAUGUUGUGGGGGACAAGUAGAUAAUUAUAUUAAAGACUUUUGGUUUUAGAGAUUUGAGAAGCA